GCUGCCACCAGUGUGGACUCAGAGUCUCCCCAGACCUCAAGAGCACCCGUCAUGAGGCCCCCAACCCUCCUGCUGCUGCUCUCAGGGGCCCUGGUCCUGACAGAGACCUGGGCAGGCUCCCACUCCCUGAGGUAUUUCUACACCGCGAUGUCCGGGCCCGGCCCCGGGGAGCCCCGCUUCAUCGCCGUGGGCUCCGUGGACGACACGCAGUUCGUGCGGUUCGACAGCGACGCGGCGGGGCCGAGGAUGGAGCCGCGGGCGCCCUGGAUGGAGCAGGAGGGGCCUGAGUACUGGGAGGGGGAGACGCGGAUCUUAAAGGCCACCGCACAGACGUUCCGAGUGAACCUGCGCGCCCUGCGCGGCUACUACAACCAGAGCGCGGCCGGCUCUCACACCCUCCAGGAGAUGUACGGCUGCGACGUGGGGCCCGACGGGCGCCUCCUCCGCGGGUACAGUCAGUUCGCCUACGAUGGCGCCGAUUACCUGGCCCUGAACGGGGACCUGCGCUCCUGGACCGCGGCGGACACGGUCGCUCAGAUCUCCCGGCGCAAGUUGGAGGCGGCCGGAGCAGCAGAGCGCUUCAGGAACUACCUGGAGGACAAGUGCAGGGAGUCGCUGCGCAGGUACCUGGAGCACGGGAAGGAGACGCUGCAGCGCUCAGAGGCCCCAAAGACACAGGUGACCCGCCUCCCCACCUCUGACCAGAAGGUCACCCUGAGGUGCUGGGCCCUGGGCUUCUACCCUGCGGACAUCACCCUGACUUGGCAGCGAGAUGGGAAAGACCUGACCCAGGACUUGGAGCUGGUGGAGACCAGGCCUGGGGGGGAUGGAAACUUCCAGAAGUGGGUGUCUGUGGAGGUACCUUCUGGAGAGGAGCAGAGAUACACGUGCCAUGUGCAGCAUGAGGGACUGCUGGAGCCCCGAUUCCUGACUUGGGUGCCCCCUCCUCAGUCCUCCAUCUCCACCGCGGGCAUCACUGCUGGCCUGGCUCUCCUUGGAGCUGUGCUCACUGGAGCUGCGGUGGCUGCAGCCGUGAUGUGGAGGAAGAAACGCUCGGGAUUUGAAGAUUCCUUUAGGCUUCUGAACUGACUGCUCCCUGGUCUCACAUGAUGUUUCUUCUCACAAGUGGACAAGGAAGAAGCUACACUCAGGCUCCAGUGAGAGACAGCCUUGUGUUGGCCUGAGUGUUACAGGAUUUCUUUUGCCCACAGUUUGUGCCUUUAUGAUCCCCUGGUUUAAAACGCUUUACACCUGAGAGAACGGCCCAUAUCCAAAAGACUAGAAACUCAAGUGCUGGCAAGGAUAUGGAAAAAAGGGGACAGUCCUGCAUUAUUUUUGGAUAUAGACUGAGCCAGCCCUUAUGGAAACAGCACUGAGGUUUCUUAAAAGAGUGAAUGUGGACCCAGCAAUUGGACCCGGCAAUUCUACACUGAGGAUCUACUUACAGAGGAUAAAUACACUCCUGUGAAGGGACCUGCACUCCCGUCACCACUGCAUCACUAUUUACAGUAGCCAAGCUAUGGACACCACCUGAAUGCCCCAGACAGGUGGGAAAUCAAGAAGAAGCUGGGAUUACAUGUAUACAUGUAUGUACAUAUAUAGGUGAUGUAUGACCCUGUAUAAUGAAAUAGCAUCCACGGUCAGAAAACAUAACUCAUGCCACUGCGGCAACAUGGAUGGAAGAGGGGUGCAUCAAAAAGAUAAAGAGAAAUCCUCAUGUAUGGAUGGGGAGAAAGCAAACGAAGGGCCAGAUUAAGCCAAACUUCAAAACUAAACCUUGAGCCCCACCAGGCUUCGCCUAUUGCUGACCAGGGCUGCAGACCAGCCCAGGCUUCCUGGACCAACAGCGCUGGGUGGUGGACAGACCCUCUCUAGUUUGGCAUCAGACUCAUUUGACGACAAAGCCUGACUGCUGCUGACUGAGUCCCCCAUUUUGUCUUGUUGCACCUGCACCACCAAUGGGUCCCCAGCCUCUGCUGUUUGCUGGGUCUGAGAUGGAUCUUGUACUUGAUGCUGCAGGUUAUGACUUUUUUACGCCACUUAUAUAUCCCCCACAUGGCCAGAAGGUAACAUCUUCCAACAAAUUGUUAUUCUCCUGAUAUAACAAAUCUUGGUGACUUUAACCUUUUUCUUUUUGCAACAAUGAGUUAUUAUUUAUCUAUAAUUCCCUAAUGAAACAUUCACAAUUUUUUUAAAGGUUUUUUUUUUUUUUUAAAUUUUUGGGUAGAAGUACUGGGGUGAAGGCCAGAGGUACGGGCGGUGGGGGGUGGGCGCGGAAGGAGGUGGUGAGAGAAUUCACCAGAGACAGAGUGGGGAGCAGAAUAGGCGGAUAUACUGAAAUGCAUUGCUAAUGGGAGUAGUGGGUAAGAUGAGGAGGUCUGCUGUGUCGUGUGGGUCAGCUCCCUGCGCCAGGAUCCACUCAGGCUGUUGCAUUGGGCCUUCUCAGUGGUAGUGCUGAAGCUUAACCCCUAGGCCACCAGACAGGCCUAACACCCACAAUUUUUAAAGAAUCAAACUUGCAAGAAAUUGUUUACUGUUAUGUCAUUACCAUGGAUUAAGUAUUCCCACCAUCUCACUGUUCUUGCUAAAGCUGAGAGGAUACAGCAAAUUAUAUGACAACAUAGGAGAAUUCCCAAAUGGCUAGAUUCAACUCAUUAUUAGUGUAUGGUCCACAAGCUGGCUUAUUUAGUGCGACAUCUUGGUCAAUAUCUGGACAAUUUCUAUUCAUGAUGAUGACUUUUGUAUCGUCAAAUCUUUUUUAAAAAAUAUUUAUUUAUGCAUGCAAGAGUUGGGGUACAGGCCCGAGAUGCGGGGGGUGAGAGGAUUCACCAGAGAUACAGCGGGGAACAGAACAGGCAGACUGACUGAAAUCCACUGCUGAGGGGAGCAGCAGGCAAGACAGGAGAGGUCUGCCUCACCAUGUGGGUUUCUCCCUGGCUGGCCGGGGUUCGAACUAGUGCUGCAGAGGCUGCGGAUAGCUUCAUAGUGCGAUGCUUAACCCGUUGUGCCACCAGGGAGGCCCUGUAUCUUCAAAUCUUAAGGCCAUUUAUUAAUGGCUCAGCUCAACAUACACACCUUCACCUCUUCUUUGACUGUAACUCUGGGCAAUAUUUUACAUUGCGGAAUUGGAUUGGAGGCUCAUUUAAAAAUUCUUACUCCUUUCAAGGGAAAGGCCCACAGAUAUGUGAAGAAGGAGUCAGAAGAAAAGCACAGCAGCCAGCAGGGAAUGGUCAAAAUGAAAAGUUAUUCCAUGGAGAGGCUACAGAGGUUGAACAGAUUAUUUCCCAAUUAUAAUUUUUUAAAAGAUUUAUUUAUUUAUUUAUACAAGCACUGCAUAUAGUCAGAAGUGUGAGAGGGUGAGAGAAUUCACCAGAGCCAGAGCGGGGGCAGAGCAGGCAGAAGGACCGAAGUACACU